AUGGCAGAAUAAUUUAAUGCAUCCCUCAUUUAAUAAUCAGAAGAGAUUAUUUAAUUGAAAAAAGAAGAAUUCUUAUAAUUCUUCGAUAAGUAAGGUUAUAAACCAAACUCUGUUUUUGAUGAUUAACUUUGGUUUCUUCCUGAAAUCAAUAAGGCUUAUGAUCAUAUUUUAUGGAUAAUUAUUAAUGAUACCAUAGGUUAUGAUUAUAAUAAAGACGAACAUGUAGGAUUCUAUAUUUUAGAUAGUUCGAAACAGAUCAAACGAUUGAAACUUUUGUUCAAAGGUUAUUAGAUGAAGUUAAAAUGAUACAUCUAAAGAUAGUUGAUUUUAAAAAUAAUAUGGAUUAUAUUAAAGAUGAAAUAGUUAAUUUAGAAAAGUUUACAAAGAUAAUUGAGAUUAGUAAGAAUUAAUCAAUACUAUGAUAGACAAAACAGAAUAUAAUUAAGAAAAUGCUUUUGUAAUAUCAUAUGUAGAUGAAAUAAAUUAAAUAAAUGAGAUAGGAAAAGUAAAUUAUAUUUUAGAUUAAAGUUUUACCAACUCAACUAUAAGAUUGGCACAAUCAAUUAGAAUUAUUAAUUAUUAUACCCAGAGAAUUCAAAUAGAUCAACUUGUAUUUCUAAUGAUAACAUAAUUGACUAAAUCAUUAUUGUAGUGAUGGGAAAGAGAUUAAAAAAUAAAAUAGGAGAUUCCAAAACUUAGAAAGAAGAUUAUAAAGAAUUAGCCUAAAUAAAAAUAUCUAUUUAAGAUAUCUAUCAAUUAAUAAAGGCUAGACAUUUUGCACUACCAACAAUUCCCCAAUGCUAUUUAGCUGUUAAUUAUUAAGAUUAAAGUUUAGAUGCUCCUUAUUGUGAAAAUGUAACAAUAAAUUUACGUUUUGAUUUAAGACUCUCUUAUUUAAAUAGAAUUCAAAUAAUAAAAGAAUAAAAACAACAUAAAUCUGAACUUUUAUAAGUAAGAAAAAAAAUUAAUCUUUAUUAGAGAUUUGAAGAAAAAUUAGAAAAACAUUUAGGUUUAAUGUAAUAAUUACUAUCUCCAUUUAAAUCUGAACCUAAAUUACAUUAUGUUCCAGCUUAAGGAAUAGGUUUAUAAUCAGAUUUUCAGAAUGAUAAUAUACAAUAAAAUGAAAAAAAUAAUGAGGAAAUUAAACCUUCAAAAGAUAGAGAUUCCUGCUGCUUUAUAUAUUGA